AAAAUAUUUAGGAAAUAUCAUGUGCUGUGUGGGAAUCAAGAUGCUCUUGAGAGAUUUUUUGGUCUUGUGAGGCAAGCUUGUGGUGGAAACGAUCAUCCGGACUCGAAGAUGUUUGCCCAAAUCUUUCGCUUAUUAAGUACAUACUCGCUCAUAAAACCAAAACGAGGAAGUAAUGUAGAGGGUUGUGAAAUCUUAAAUGCUCUUCUCACAUGUAAAGAUAUUGAUGACAAUCGAUUCAGCAACAUUUGUUCAACUUUAGAGAGAAUUAUUUCGGAUGACGACCCAUCCAUUGAAUCAAUUCCUAAUUUCUUAGAUAAAGUGAGAGAUCACGACGAGCGACUUUCUAGAACGGAAGAAUUCGUACAAGGAUUUGUGGCUGGCUAUGUAGCUUUCCGAGCACAACGAUUAACUAAAUGUGAUGAAUGCUUGUCUACAACAAUUACAGACAAUCAUGAACGGGAUGAUGCAAAAUUUAAAAUGAUAAACUUGUGCAACAAAGGGAGAUUGAAAUAUCCAUCUGAAAUUUUAUACAAUCUAACAGAGACGUUAGAAAAUGUCAUUUUAAGUAUUGUAGCUGGAGGACAGCUAAAUUGUGAUACUUUCUUUCAUAUUACCCAAGAAUUGGAAAAGUACAAACUUCCAUUAAUUGGUUGUGAAAACCACACAGUAGAAUUCACAAAAUCUAUUGUGUCAUUUUAUCUUAUAACAAGAGCUCAUUUCAUAGCCAAACGUUAUAAUGUGAUUAAUAAUUCUACCAAAGAAAAAUCCAAAAAGUGUCAUAAAGAUGCCAAACUGUAAGUUUCUUUAAUAGUUAGGUACAAGAUAUUUACAAACCUUAAUAACAAAUUAAGUAUA